GGCGGGCGCACGUGAGGCGAGAGUUGCAACACAGUAACCAGCAUGCCGGCGGGAGGCCGCCUCCUGCUCCCCGGCCUCUGGCUGCUGGGGGGUCUCUCUUGCCUGCUGGCGGCCGCGGGGGGCGAUCGGAGGCAGGUGACCCUGCAGUACAUCCCUGGCUCGAACAGCUCCUCCGCCAGCCUCCUGCACGUGCGGGCUGUGGGCCGGAACGACACCCUGCACUACGUGUGGAGUGGCAUCGGGGCGCCCACCGUGCUGCUGGUCUACACCCGGAGCGAGAGCAGCGCCCUGCACGUCAACUGGACCAAGCUCCUCUCGGCCUCCCCUGCCGGGGCCAUCUGGAUCGAGCCGCCCGGCAGCGUCGUCUACUCCACCGCUGUCGUCUUCACGAAGGUGUUCGAAUACAACGGGACCAAUGCGUCGGGACUCUCCAAGGGGCAGGAGGAGCCCUUCUACCCCUCCUAUGACCUGGCUGGCUUCUCCUGGCAGAUCGUGAACCAGACGGCCCUCAUGGCCAAGUUCCAGGGGAUGAACACCGUGGACCCUGGGGGGACCUCCCACAAUGGCACCAUCUCCUUCCAGGUGACUGCCUACGAGGAGGGUGGCCGGGACGGCCCCCUCCCUCGCCUCCUGCACACCGCCAACAGCUCCAAGGUGGAGUUCAUCAUGGACAGCGUGGCUCCGCGCGGCAACAAGUCUCGCUUCCUGCUGGAAGUGGUCACGGUGGAGGAGAAAGGGGGGCACAAGAGGCUGCAGUCGGUGCGGUCCAUUGAUGAUGAGUACACGCCCACCAUCUUUGAGAUGGCCCAGCUGGUGUCCGAGCCCCGCAACGACAGCGUCGGCCCGAGCUUCUUCCAGUGGAAGACGACUGCGUACGGCUCCAGGGAUGCCAGCCGGGAGAACGCCAUCCGCUGUCGCUACUACCCCCUGCAGACGGCCAACCGGACGCUGCCGGGGCCCAGCAUCGCGCACGCCUACUUCGGGGAGGGUCUGGGCCGCAGCCACAGCAUCGCCGCCAUCAAUAUCUCCUUCAGCGGCGAGGACGGGGAGGUCUACGCCGAGAAGGGCUACCUGAGCUGGUCUGCCUUGCUCGGCUUCGGCACGCCCCCGAAAGACGCCUUCUCUCCCCUCGUGAUGGCCAUCGUGGCUGUGGCCCUGGGCACCCCCGUGGUCCUGCUGCUGGCGGGGGCCCUCGUGGUGCUGUUCGCACGGAGGAAGCGCCGUUCCCAGUAUGAGCCCAUCAACUGACCGACGUGGGCAGGACUUGGAAACAGCUAGCGCCGGCCCCGGUUCUCUUGCCGGACCCUUGGGCUCUCCCAAGGCUCCUGAAGUGGCUGCUCCUGGGAACUUAUUUAUUAACUGCCAUGGUUAUGCAUCCUCUUCUCUCUCGCUCUCUCCGUGGUCCUGACCCCUCGCCAAUCCAGGCUCAGAGGGGAAUAGUGCAAUGAUCUGCAGUGCGACCUCUGCACCCUGGAUCCUGGCUCUUCGGAGCUUGGCAUGGUGGGGUGGGAAGGAGACCCGGCCUGUAUUCAUAACUGUUCGACUGUCUGAUGCCUUGAGGAUGGACUGAUCCAUUUCUCCCUUACUGCUUCUAAAAGACUUUAAGAAGCAGUAUCUGGCACUGAGGUUCUCCAGAGGGGCUCUAGAAUACAUUCCAGGGCAGGGCUGGGAUCCAGCAGGGCCUGCCAGAGAAAUGUGUCUCGGGGGGGUGGGGGCGGUCAGAAGCAUUAGCAGUUUCUAGUCCAGUGUCUAGCUUCUCCCUUCACUCCACCCAUCAGCGCACCUGACCCGGCAUUCACAAAUGCAGAACCUUCCCAUAGGGCGCUUUGCAAGGUGCUACCCAGCUUCUGGUUUCUAAUCACUGCUCUUGUUUUAAACCAGCCAGUGAGGGAUUGUGGCUCGGGGGGCGGGGCCGGUUGUGUUCACCACUGGGAGAAAUGAUCUUCUGUCUCCUUAAAAAGGAGAAACCACUAGUCGCCUUCUCCCACAAGGAGAUAUCAGGGGCUGGGUCACAGAAGGCAACACGCCUUUGCUGUAUAAAUCACCAGCUUGUGAGCUGAUCAGCAACCUAUUUACACCCCCCAUGCCACCCACUUGAGUGUUCGUAAAGUCCCCGAUUCCCUGGAGGGAGAAGCUGGUGUCUCACAGCUCUAACACUCGGCCGUAUGCUCACCAGUGAGGCAAUCUGCUGCCCGUGAAUUCGAACCGUAUCUGGGACGGCGAAAAGGUUGCCUUUCGCCAAUAGGGUGGAGGCUUUUCAGAAUGAGCUAAUGACUUUGGGGUGCGUCAGUGUUAGGUGUCCAACGUGAGCCCCCUCAAAAGGGGCCAGAUCUUUUGUCAGCGGGUUGGUGCUUGGCCCUGCCUGCAAAACGGGACCUCUUCAAGUUGGGACUGGUGAUUUUUUUUUUUUUUUUGGUCACCCUUUUGAAAAUCUUGGCCUGAAAGGUCUAAUUCUGAGUGUCCAGCACUCCUCCCAGCUUACAAGUUCCAGAUCCCACUGUUGUUACAUCCUUACUCUCACUCUGCUGAGUUUGCUCAGAGGACCCAGCUCUGAAUGUUACUUGAAAUCUCUCCCAGUGCCUCACUGUGCUCUAUUUAAUUCACUCUGUGUUUUGUGAGGUGGUGGCAGGUUUUCUUCAGAUGUUUCUAUCUUUGAUCUGCCUUUUGGACCAAUUAAAGAAUACUUUUAAGA